AUGGCCCGCAAGAAGCUGUACCGCCCCAUCGCCGCCAUGGCCAAGAAGAUCCGGGAGUACCGGGCGCUGAAGAAACGCCCGCGGGAAAGGGAGUUUGUUGUCAGUAGCGUUGUCCACUGUCAUCUUUCCUCAGGCAAAACCAAAGAAGAAAUGAGAGAGAUUGACAAAGUCAUGUACCAUGACUGGCGUGUGGUGCCCAAGCAUGAGGAGGAGGCCUUCAAGAAAUUCACCUCAGUCCCAGAGGAGACCAUUCGGUACCUUCCAUACCCGCCUCUGCUCCGAGCCAUGAUCCUUGCCCAGUGGCAGAAAGAGGGAAAACCCAUCACAGAGGAGCCAAUGAUUGAUCUGGAGAAGGUAAUGGCCUCUCCCCUGCAGCGUGUGAAGAAAAAAGGUGUAGGGACGCCAGUAUAA